UUAAGUCAAGAAAUUGACGAGCCAAAUAUCACUCCUCAUCCUUCCGAUGUAAAUCCACUCUCUCUGACACCCUCGAAGUCGGUAAUCGGUCUCAGUUAUGGCGAUGGAAAACGAUCGACGCACAGCAGGAGUGGACGAAGACGAGAGCGACGAAGCCCUAGAAUUCCUUCUAGAAGCUUCUAAAACCCCCGGGGGACGCGCCCACCUUGCCUCCACCGGAGCCCUCGCCGCGGCGCUCCGCCGCGUUUCCUCCGACACCUCGUCCGCCCUCCUCCCCUCCCUCCGCCUCGUCAGGAACCUCUGCGCCGGGGAUGCCGUCCACCAGGACGCCUUCGUCGAACUCGGCGGUCCCGAUCGAAUCGCCUCCGUCCUGUUGAGCACGCCGCCGGCGUCGCCGGACGUCGCCCGUGUCGCGCUGCAGGCGAUUGGGAACCUCGCCUGUGGUGGAGAGGCACAACGGUCCGCCGUGUGGGCCUGCUUCUUCCCGGCCUUGUUCCUCGCAGCGGCUCGGUACCGGGACCCGGCGGUUUGCGAUCCCCUUUGCAUGGUUUUGGAUACGUGCUGUUCAUCCGAGGGGGGGCAUCGGAGGUUGGCGGAGCUUUGCGAGACCAAGACCGGACUGCCAAUUAUUCUGGAGAUCGUCACCACAGCUUGCCGAGCUGGUCAUCAAGAGGAGUGGUUGGAUUGGCUCCUUUGCAAAGUUUGCAUCGAAGAGGCAUACCUUUCACGUCUUUUUCAAGGAUUAGCCUCACCAAGUACAGAUAACUCCAUUGAUGCUCAGUGCAGAUAUUCCUUCUUCACUAGAGAGCAGGCAUUCCUUCUUGGAAUGCUAUCAGAAUACUUGAGUAAUCGACCUAAAGAUGUUUCCAUGAUUUCCAGUCCUUUUGCACUUGAAGUUCUGAAAGUUCUAGAUACAGCUUCUGCAAUUGUUGACUUUUCAUCUCGAGGAAGUUCUGAUGUACCCACUGGCUUCCCUGCAAUUGAUGUUCUAGGCUAUUCUCUUACAAUUUUGAGGCAUAUUUGUGCUUGGGAAAAUGAUAUUGCUCAUGCUACAGAAGCCCCUGUCGACUUGUUGCUAUCUGCAGGCCUUCUACAACUUCUUUUACGUUUACUUGGUGAACUUGAGCCACCAGCCAUUAUAAGAAAAUCCAUGACAAACGCGGAUCACUUUAUACAGUCAUCAACGGCUUUAAAGGUCUGCCCUUAUAAGGGGUUCCGGAGAGAUUUAGUAUCCGUUAUUGGAAAUUGUCUACACGGAAGGAAGCAAGUUCAGGUGGAGAUCAGACAGCAAAAUGCAAUUCCUUUGCUUUUGCAACAGUGUGUUGUUGAUGAAGACAACCCCUUUCUAAGAGAAUGGGGACUAUGGUCAAUGAGGAACUUGCUAGAGGGAAAUCCAGAAAACCAGCAUGAAGUAGCUCAACUGCAGCUGCAAGAGCCUGUCAAUACACCUGAAAUUGCUGGAAUAGGCCUAAGAGUCGAAAUAGAUGAGAAAACUGGACACCCGAAGCUGGUAAAUAUUGUAUGAGGUACGCUUCUUUGGCAAUUGUGCCCACAAUGGGCACUAGCCUGGUUAAGCUUGGAAUUAGUGGAUCAAUUCAGUCUGCAGUGUUGUUUUUUUGGCUGGUCUAGCAACUGCAGAACUCCUAAUAUUUUAUUUGCCCUCUCUAACAACAGAUGUACUAUGAAUUUAGUUUCCAUAAUUCUUGUUAUGCAACACUAUUUCAUGGAAAAUACAUGGUUUUAUAUGCACACAAUGCUUUUCUCUAAGACCUUAUUUAUAAUGACUUUGUGAAUAUACUUGCCAAGUCAUAAGGAAAUCAUGUUGAUACUCUAUUCUUGCUGGUAAGAUUUUCAUCAUCUAGUCAUUUUUCCAGUUUAUCCAAUAAACUUAUGAAUUUCUAACUUCCUACUGUGAUCUUUAGAGAAUGGAGUAUGAAGUUCUCAGACAAGUUUGUUCAGACUUGUCAGGUACAAAUCCAUACCUGGUGCCUGACAUGAUUAAAGGCAAUGUAUCACAUUUUUAAAUGUUUUUCUGUAUAACUCCAUCAUAUCUAUAAAAGGAAUUCUGCUUUUGUUACUUAUUUAACCCAUGUUCAUUUUAGAUGAUAGAUAGGCUUUCGAUAACAUGAACUAAUAUUUAUUAAGGACAACUUAUGUUUGGGUAAGUAUAUGUUCAUUUGCUGUUAAGUUGGUCACAUUAAUGCCCUUUUCUAUACAACAUGAACAAUUAAUUUAAGAAAACUGGCUGAUAAUGUUCAAAAAUAUCUUUAGAGAUGACAUAUUUACUGGAUCUAAAAAUUAAUUGGUUUUAUUAAUUGGUUAAGGUUGUAAUGUUGCAAUCCACAUGCAUUAUGUAUUCAGAUUGUAAAAGGUCCGAAGUCCGUAGAAGUACUUACAUCUAGUAGGUCUUUCCUCCUAAAACUUUAAAUGACUGCAUGCCUAAAUUAAAAUUAAGCAUAAAGGUUUCCUUAACCUAUAAAAGGGUUGUGCCUUAGUUAUCUCAUUACCUUUUAAAUUAAGUUAGCUGUUGAUUGCAACUCUAUGUUGAAAUAGCUCAAUGAUAUAUUUAGCUUCAAAACCAGCUUUGAACAUGAACCCAACAUUUUAGCUGGUAUUACAAUGCAAAAUACUUUGGCAAGAGAGGGAAUUCCCAUAAAGUAAGAACUCGUGUUUAUAGGUAGAAAGAUAACUGUUGCUGUUAAAUUUAACCAUGAACUAAGUAAUGACAAUGCUUUCCUGGAGGUAGUUUAGACGAAGGGGAAGAAUCAAGCUUGAGAUUUGUAAUGCUGAGGCAUUUCAUGAUCAAAGCUCAUAUGUUUAUAGUAAUCUUGUAUAAGUACUUUGAACAGCACAAGUUCUGAAUACAUUGUUGCCCUGCCACAUACAAUGUGUAACCAUUCUAACAAAAAUGAAGGUUCCCACCAAAAAUUUUAGUUCUGCAUGGUACUAUAAGGAUCUUGAUGUUAAGUAAAUUUCUUGAUUGCUGUACACCCUGGUGGUUCUGUUCUAUUAACACUGUAUGCUAGUAUUGUAAUAAUCAGGAGAAUUGUUCGAAAUUGUUUCACACAAACAUUGACUUGAUAUACAUUCAGCAUUGCAUUCUUGAUAAUUAGCAGAGUUUUGGCUUGUGUUCCUUUUAAAGUAUUUCUAUAUUCCAGAAAUAUUGGCUGGUUAUCUUUUCUGCAUGCUGCCGCUGCGGUUCCAGUAACUGUUUUCUGUGUAGGCUUAUUACAGCCAAUAGAAGUAAUCAUGUUGAACUCUGUUAGUACUUUAAUAAUCUGGCUGACAUUUCUUCCUUUCUAACCAAACAUUUCUUACCUUAUGAAUUAUGAUAGUUCAAAAUUAUGCCCACGAGUUCAUGUGACAUAUUUCAAGUGUUGAAGCUUUCUUUCAGUCAACUAUUGAGAAAAAUACGAGUAAAAAAGUUGUUGUUCUGUAGAUUAAUACUAAUUGUACAAUUAUCUUCGUAAUUGUAAGCAAAAAAAGCUGAUCUGUAAGGAACCCUCCUUAUGUAGGGAUUAUCUUUCUGGCAUAACUUUUUAACUACUGUCUUUCUGGUUUAUACUUUUUGAAUUUAAGCUGCAAUCCUUUUUCCCAUUUGCACCUCACAUUUAGGAGAUGUAACUUAACCAGUCAUUUCCACUUUCUGGGGCAUAUCUGCUUAACAGCUGGUUAAUUACCGUUGUUCUCUAUACUUGCUCACUCCUGGUAUUGGAGUCUGACCACAAAACAGCUUCAUAACAAGUUAUAGGAACUUUACCAUGACUCCUAGCACUAUAGUGUGUGCAGGAACCAGCAAAUGCAACUUGCAUACGCCAAAGUCCAUGAUUCCAACUUAAUUGCUGUAACUUGUAUGUUAUCCUUGGUUUACAUAUUUUAACCCUGGUGGAAGUCCUACUUUUUGCUUACUCUGAUUGUGUUUGAACUUCUUGCAUUGAUCUUCUCUUGCAGGCAAAACUCCUUUGACUAUAAACAUUGAUAUUAUUACUUUUGUCAUUCAAGUUGCUGAUCAGUCACCAAGCUUGACAGAUCAAGCAUGAGAAUGCACAGCUGGUCAGCUACAGUUAACAGUCAGUCACAAAGAAGAAUGACUGAGAGUUGUCGAGGACAUCAUGAUAAUCAUCUGUUAGCAAACUCAAUAACAGAAUGAUCUUGUACCAAAUUCAAUGAAGCUGGAUCCAGUCGAGCUGAUUGUCAACUCAAUGUCACCCCACUGUUUAUAAUUGGAUCUUGUAACGUUGGUGCGAACCUUGAUCGAGUGCAACAAGCUGUUGUGGCAUCAGAUAUGAACUCCAUCCAGCAACAAGAGCGCCCCUUACUGAUGGACUUGUGAAGAAGUUAAUCGGUGCUUCCGUAAGGUGAAGCCCAAGCCACGGAAGAUGAAACUUCCACUGCCUGCCAGGAGAGACUUUGGUGACAAGCCCGAAGCUGCUCAUGGAUGAUCUCCUAAGCAAGUAUUUGGGUAAGAUUCUUACAUAGUCAUCUUCAUUUAGUAGGAAGCUAUUCCGGUUGAGUUAACAUUUUACAAAUGAGGACCUCAUGAUUGGGUUACUAGAAAUUUGGUAAGCUUAAGCAUAUUCCAACAUUA